AUGGCAACCAGAAAUCUGUCAGCAUGGGAAGGCUGGUGUACCUCACAGUUAAAGAUUGUACUUCUUGGUGGCAGAAACUCUGGGAAAACCUCUGUGGGAAACUUAAUCCUGGGUAAAGACGAGUUUCUCACCAAAGAUAGGACUUUGUGCUCCCGGAGGCUCGGCGUAGUGGCCGGACAGUGGCUCACAGUAGUGGACGCUCCUGGUUGGUGGUGUGACUUCAGUGUUCGGGACACAUGUGAGCUGGUGAAGAGGGAGAUCAUAACCAGCGUUGCUCUGUGCUCACCAGGCCCACAUGCAUUCCUUAUAAUAAUCAAGGCGAGUUCAGCCUUCUCCGAGAGGCGUCGGAGGGCUGUGGAGGAGCACGUGGCCCUGCUGGGUGACACGGUGUGGAGUCACUGCAUGGUCGUCUUCACCUUUGAUGAGAAGUUCACAGACACAAAUCCAGAGGAGUAUGUGGAAAGAGGGGGAAAAACCCUCCGCUGGCUCAGUGAGAAGUGCAGCCGGAGGUGUCACAGUGUUGUCCUGAGUGAUAAUGCUGAAGUCACAGAGCUGCUGGCAAAGAUACAGAAACUUGCCACAGAAAAUGAAAACCGAGUGUUUGAAAUGCAGGAAAACAUUUUACGGGCAACUGCAGAGGAGAAGAGAGGGGUGGAAGUGAGGGCUUGGCAGAGGUUUAUCAGAAUGAAGCAACACAGAUCUCUGAUGCGAGGUGAGUCAAGGCCGAGGCCAGUUACCGACAUCAGGAUUGUGAUGCUUGGAGCAAAGGGUUCUGGGAAGACUUCAGCAAUCAACGCGAUCCUGGGCAGAGAGAACAGGCCUAACCUCAUCAGGACGGCUCAGUGCCAGGCUAGAAAAGGAGUGGUGUUUGGGAGACAGCUGACAUUGGUGGACACACCAGGCUGGUGGAUGAACUUCUUCUGUGAUGAGAGCUCCAUCUUUGAUCAGAGGGAACAGGUGUUGAGUUUGUCUCUCUGUCCUCCGGGGCCUCACGUCUUUCUGCUGGUGAUCCGUGUGGACAGAGCCUUCACCGAGACGUACAGGAGAGCAACACAGGAGCACCUAGAGCUGAUUAGUGAACACAUCUGGAGUCGUGUUAUUCUGUUGUUUAGCUUUGGGGACCGGCUGGGAGGCACGCCAAUCGAGCAGUACAUUGAGAGCGAGGGAGAGGCUCUGUGCUGGAUUGUCGAAAGAUGUGGCAACAGGUACCAUGUUCUGAACAGCAGAACUAAAGGAGAGGGAUUUCAGGUGAGAGAGCUCAUUGCAAAGAUUGAGGAAAUCGUGACUAGCUGCAACACUGACUGGCAUUAUGAACUAGAGAGAAAAGAGUUGGAGCAGCUGGAAGGGAUGAAGCGCAGAGAGCGAGAGAGAGCCAGAGAGCGGCUCAUGAAGAAAGAGAAACGAAGGCAGAUGGCAAGAUCUCAGCUGGAGAACCUCGACCCUUUGACACAGCUGAGAGUGGUGCUUGUUGGUGGCCGGAAAACAGGCAAAAGCUCAUGUGGAAACACCAUCCUCAGCAGAGAGAGCUUUGACACAGACACCCAAACUACUUCCUGCACUGAAAAGCAGGAAAGCAUCUGGGGGAAAAUGGUGACGGUGAUGGACACACCAGGCUGCUCCUCUGUGACGUAUGACUUCUCGAAGGCAUCCUGUGUUAUACUUCUGGUUGUCAAUGUAAGCUCGUCAUUCAAAAAAACCUACAGGGAAACCUUGCAAAAAGAGCUAGAGGCAAUAGGAGACCGGCUUUGGUGCAGAACUAUGGUCCUGUUCAGCUAUGGCGACUGGCUGGGUGACACGAGCAUCGAGCAGCGCAUUGAAAGCGAAGGAGAGCCUCUGCAAAGGCUUGUUGAGAAGUGCGGGAACAGAUAUCAUGUUUUAGACAAUAAACUCUGGGGAGAUGGAGCUCAGGUUAAAGAGCUUAUUGAACUGAUGGAGGAGGUGCUGGUUGAAGAAAGGCUGGCUCUUCCUCACAGAGGUGAUCACAUGUGGAAAGGUGUUUCUCCAGCACAAGAGCAGCCGCUAGGAGCAGAGCCACGGUGUAAGAACGCUUCAGAGGAGCUUGUGAGCAGCAGACCUGAGCAGUCCAAUGACUUGCGUGAAUCCAUGCCAUCUCAGUCACUGAAUUUCAAAGAAGAUUCUACUCAGAUAGUGGCAUUACCAGCAGGAAGAGCCAGAGAACGGAUUGGAUGCACUUUCAUGGACAGAGAAUACUUCAUGUCCUACGUAUUCUCUCUGCUUUCUGGAAAACAAGAACUGAGGUUGCCAAAAGUGACUCUGCGUGCUCCGGUCCCUGCUCCUCACAACCACGUGAGACUGGACAGUGAAGGCCUCGUGCAUCCAGUCUCACACAGACUUGAAACAAUGCGUCUGGUUUCAUCUCAGACACAGAACGCUGCAUGUGUAGAACAAGAUUUGAUCAGUGUGCGAUCACUCUGCCAUCCUGCACUGAGAGAGCGGACUCUCAGGAGGCUCUCUGAGUCUGGAGGCCUGCAGCCACUCAUUGACCAGUGGGGAAAAAGCAGUCUGGAGGAGCUGGAAGCCUUCAUCGACUUUUACUUUGAGAUGGUCUGGGUAGAAACCAUGGGCUCAUGUCAGCCCCCUGAACUGAACCAAUCCAUGGCAGAGCAGGAUAAUGCUGUUGGGGGAGCUGGACAGGAGGAGGUGCUCUCAUCCAUUGACAGGAAACUUUCAAAGCUGGAGCUACUUGAGGAGAUAAGAAGGGAUCUGGCAGAACUGAGAGAGAGUUUGGAGAGCAGCUGGAGGGCCAUACAGGAACUCAAAGCUGAAAGCAAACAGGGCCCUAAUAAUACAUGCUGAUACUGGGGUCUCAAUAAUAACAACAACAGAGAACAACAAUAAAAACAGAGAGUAUUUUACCCACUCAAAAAAUAGUCUAUAAAUAUUUUUUUGUCAGGUUUAUGUAAAUAACAAAAA